AUGAUAGGUAUCCCAUUGGAGAUAGCAGUACACAAGUUAAGCCUGGAUCCAGAUUUCCCACCAGUAAGGCAAAAGAAAUAUCUGAUAACAGAGGUCAGGAACAAAUUUGUUAAAGAAGAGCUAAUCCGACCAUUCAAUAUCGGUUCGAUCCGGGAGGUAAAAUAUCUGAAAUGGUUAGCUAGCGUAGUUGUAGUACCUAAAAAGAAUAACAAAUUUAGGAUGUCUGUAGAUUAUAAGGAUUUAAAUAAGGUGUGCCCUAUGGACUCAUUUUCGUUGUUGAACAUUGAUCAAAUGAUUGAUGCCAUAGACGGGCAGGAGCUAAUGAGCUUCCUUGAUGCUUAUUCCGGGUAUAAUCAGAUCAAGAUGAAUCCGGAGGAUCAAGAAAAAACCUCUUUUAUAACAAACUUUGGCACAUAUUGCUAUAAUGUGAUGCUUUUUGGGCUUGAGAACACUGGAGCCACUUAUCAAAGGCUAGUAAAUAAGAUGUUUGAGAAUCAGUUAGGCAAAAUAAUGGAAGUAUAUAUUGAUGACAUGAUAGUUUAA